UCACUUCAUCACUUGUCUUCAAAAACACCGACAACACUCACACACACACACACAGAGAAAAGAAAAGGGUUUAACUUUGAACACCCCAACAACACAAUGGAUUCCCUCCAAGCCACCUAUAGAGACGAAGACGAAGAAGAAGACGAUUCCACCAAACCCACUCCCACCCAAUCAUCCCCACUUACACUCACACCCACCACUACAACCACCACCACCACCACCGAAUUCUUGCCCCCACCUCCACCACAAAAUUCCAACAAUGCCACCGAACCCCAAAACGACACCACCGCCAAUAAACCGGACUCUCCAUCCUCAGACGACAAGUCGCCACGUAGAUCCACCCCAACAAACGACAACACCACCACCACCGAAAACGACAACGACACCACCACCACCACAAACGACGACGUCGACGACGACGCUGACGUUGACGUUGACGUUGACAAGAAGAACAAUAACGUCUGGGUCACGAAAUCGACCCGAAAGGGGAAGAAGAAGAACAACAACAACAAUCACAACAGCCACAACAACAACGGUUCUGCAGCACAAGCUUCCGAAGACACUGUACUCAUCACUCCAAUCCACAAAUUCCCAGACAAAUCCGACGACACCCUGGAGCUCAAAAUCUGUCCUCUCGAAUUGACUGAUGAUAGAAGUACUAAAGGGUAUAGGAUGAGAGCGACUCGCGGGGUCUCUUGGUCUUUACAUACGCGGUUAGGGUGGUCCACGGAGAAAGGGGACUUGCAGGCGCCGGUUGGGUACGACGGGAAUAGUUUCGGGUAUAGGGACAUUGAUGGGAGUAAAGUGCAUAAGGCAUUGAGGGAGAAGUAUGGGGAGGAAGGGUAUAAGGAAGGGGAUGUUAUUGGUUUUUAUAUUAAUUUGCCCGAGGGUGCGGCUUAUGCACCUAAGCCGCACCAUUUGGUGCUGUAUAAAGGGCAGAGGUACGCUUGUGCCCCCCCGGAUGCCAAGGAGGAGCCGCCUAAGGUCGUGCCCGGAAGUGAGAUAUCUUUCUUCAAAAAUGGGGUUUGCCAAGGGGUUGCUUUCAAGGAUCUGUAUGGUGGUCGCUACUACCCAGCUGCGUCAAUGUAUACUCUUCCAAAUCAGCCAAAUUGUGUAGUCAAGUUCAACUUUGGCCCUGAUUUUGAAUUCUUUCCAGAGGACUUUGAUGGACGUCCAGUGCCUAAGCCCAUGGUUGAAGUUCCUUAUCAUGGGUUUGAUAACCGAGUUGAAAAUGGAGCAUCAAGUGAGAAGAAACAUUAGCCAGCAAGCGGCUCCUUUCAACCUUAACUCUUGUGGAGCUUGGAGAUGGAUCUGAGUUUAACAUUGUUGUAAUUUUAGCUGUUAAAAAUUGACUGACAAAUUAUUUGAUGACACUGUAAACUUGAAUUUUUCUAUGAAAGAGAGAAAACGGCUUGUUAAAUAUAAUGAUGUUGCUUGAGCCCAAUGAUAUCUUUAUAUUUUUCUUCUAGAUUUUAGUGGAUAUUCUGGUUUCAA